AUGAAAACAAACUGCAAUGUAGUUGGUGAUAGCAGUGGAGACAAUCCGAAUAAUAACAAUAAUCAUGACCAACGUAACGAUGAUGGAAAGAAAUUGGUUCAAUUAAAUAGUGUCAAAAAUACAAUAAACUUUAACAUUUAUCACAAUGAAUCAUCGAACAUCAUACUGCUACUUAAUGAAAUCGCAACUUUAACAGAUCAGAGUGAUGAUCAAACACAAAGAUCUAAUGUACCAAAACACAUUAAAACUAUUGGGUCAUUAUUGGUAUCAGAUACACUUUUGAGUCUUGCUCUAGUGAUUUACAAUGGAUAUCGACUGGUCAUUGACUUUAAACAGUACAGUGAAGGAAGAAUGCCAUUUUUAACUAAUUCACUUCAUCAUUUCAUUGGAGAAUUAACUUUUAUUGAUACGAUUAGUGUUGAAUUGAGAGAAAGAAUCAUCAAAUUCUUUGUAAAUAAUAAUAUAUCAUAUGUAGGUGGUAAAGACGAUGGAAUAUUAAUAGAAACAGUCAUUCUAAAAGCAAGACUAUUUAAAAAUAUUGACACCAUGGAUACCAAUCUGUUUGAGUCAGCACUAUUGCUAAAAAGAAAGUUUCAAUCUUUUUUAGAAACAAUUUAA